UUGAUACGAUCGGAUAAUAGAAAGGUUUCAAGUUCACUGGAUUCAGCUUGUAAGGCGAGCCAGCGUGUGUUGGUAAAGCUUCAACUAAGUGUUGUAUCAGCCAAAACAAUGGCAGCUGAGAGGAGCUGUGGGAGGCGGCCGGGCUUCCAGGGUGGCAGAAGUUUGUGGAUGGUGGCGGCAGUUCAGUUCCUCCUCUUGCUUUCAAUAUCGGCUCGGAAGGAUAUUUCGCAUGGAAAUGUCAAAGGCAGGAGCAGUAGCAGAACGGAAGCAUCAACGGGUCAUCCGGUUAACCUGCAAGUGACCAAAGAUCUGGUGGUGAUGGACAAUGGGAUGGUCCAAGUAUCAUUAUCUAAUCCAGGAGGAUAUGUAGUUGCCAUAAAAUAUGGUGGCAUGGAUAACUUGCUCGAAGCCCAUAACAAAGCCAAUGACAGAGGGUACUUGGAUGUGGUGUGGAAUUGGCCAGAAGAAUCCAGUAAAAUUGAAAGGGUAGCUGGAACAAAAUUCAGCAUCAUAACCCAAACCCAAGACAUUGUGGAAAUAUCCUUCUUGAGAACAUGGGAGAAAUCAUCUGCUGCUUAUGUCUCUCCAUUUAUCAUCGACCAGAGGUAUAUAAUGCGUCGUGGUAUCUCAGGAUUCUACUAUUACACCAUAUUCGAGCACCAAAAACAAUGGCCCGCGUUUAGAAUUGAUCAGGCGAGGGUCGUAUUCAAAACCAAUGGAGAACAAUUUCAGUUUAUGGCCAUAUCAGACUACAAACAAAGAGUUAUGCCUACACCAGAUGAUCGGACAACGGGUAAACCCCUUGCCUACCCCGAAGCUGUCCUACUCACACAUCCGUCCAAUCCCGACCUUAAAGGAGAGGUGGAUGACAAGUAUCAGUACUCGAGCGAGAGCCAGGAUACCAGGGUGCACGGAUGGAUAAGCAAGGACCCGGUCGUGGGCUUCUGGAUGAUCUCCACCAGUGAUGAGUUCCGGAGUGGUGGUCCGGUCAAGCAAGAGCUCACCUCCCAUGUUGGACCCACCACGAUCAACACCUUUAUGAGCACUCACUAUGUGGGACGCGAGAUGGAGACCUAUUUUGCCGAUGGAGAGCCAUGGAAGAAGGUGUUUGGGCCUUUUCUGGUGUAUCUCAACUCGGAUCCUCACCAGGGAAAUUACUCUGCACUUUGGGAAGAUGCCAAGAGACAGAUGUUGAUCGAUGCCGAAAGUUGGCCUUACAAUUUCACACAGUCUGAAGACUUCCCUCCUUCUAGUCAGCGAGGGACUGUCACUGGUCAGCUUCUGAUCCGGGACAGAUACAUAAGCAAGAAGGAUUUGUGGGCUGACUCUGCAUACGUGGGAUUGGCAGCACCGGGCGAGGCAGGAUCAUGGCAAACCGAAACCAAGGGCUAUCAGUUCUGGGCAAGAGCAGAUACUUCAGGUAGCUUCACGAUAACGAAUGUCCGGGCAGGUGCUUACAACUUAUACGCAUGGGUUCCUGGGACCGUUGGGGAUUAUAAGUACGAAACCACCGUCACGGUCACACCAGGGUCUCUGAUCAAGUUGGGCAGUCUUGUGUAUGAGUCUCCAAGAAGUGGCCCCACGCUGUGGGAAAUCGGCUACCCGGACCGCACAGCAGCUGAGUUUCACGUGCCAAACCCAUCGCCGCUGCUACUGAACAAGCUAUAUGUCAACCUGAAACCUGACUGGUUUAGGCAAUAUGGCUUGUGGGAAAGGUAUGGGGAGCUGUACCCGGAAGAUGAUCUGGUUUUCACAGUCGGGACUAGUAAGUAUCAGAAAGACUGGUUCUUCGCGCAUGUUACUAGGAACAAAGGAAACUCGACAUUCGAGCCCACUACAUGGCAGGUAAAAUUUGAGCUUCGAGAUGUCAGCCCAAAGGAAACUUACACACUCCAAUUGGCAUUGGCUUCUGCCACCUUUUCGGAGAUUCAGGUACGGUUCAAUGACCCAAAAAUGGGGAAACCCCUCUUCACAACAAUGUUAAUCGGGUCGGACAACGCCAUUGCCAGACACGGGAUUCACGGCGUGCACCAUUUCUACAGCAUCCAAGUGCCCGGUAGCUAUCUACAAAAAGGAAGCAACACCCUCUACCUCACCCAGGCCCGUGCCAGAGGCCUCUUUGAAGGGGUCAUGUACGAUUACCUUCGUCUCGAGGGCCCUCCGAAUUCGUUAUGAGAUGAGAAAAGUUAAGACUGAAAUUUAGCAAUUCUUUCAAGAAUUCUUCCAGUCUUUUCUCUUUCUGGCAGAGAAAGGCGGAAAUAUGUAGUUAAUAUUUAUUAAUUGAUAAUUGAUAAGAGGAAACUAUGAUUUUUCCUUCUUUGUCCCUGAAAAGCAUUGGGACGGGCAUACAUAUCUGGAUGCGUACAAACAGUAUAUGAUAAAGGCAGAUUCCAGUGACGCAA